AUGUCGGUAUCCCAAUCUCCAACCGAGGAGUAUAGCUCAAUGCCUAAGAGAGCCAAGAUGGACAUCUCGUUGGUUUUGGGUUUUUCAGAUGAGGAUAAGGUUGGAACCAUACAGCCCUAUGAUGAUGCUCUUGUGGUCACAUUGAGAAUUGGCAGGUACGACAUGAAAAGGGUGAUGAUUGACCAAGGCAGUGCUGCUGAUAUAAUAUACCCUGACUUGUAUAAGGGGCUAGGUUUGAAGUCUGAGAACUUGGCGGCCUACAGUUCUCCUCUGGUGAGUUUUGAAGGAAGAAUGGUCGUCCCAAAAGGUCAGAUCAGAUUACCUGUGCAGACUGGUACAGAUGUGGUGGAGGUGGACUUCAUCGUUAUAGACGUUUACUCUCCAUACACGGCCAUCAUGGGCAGACCUUGGCUUCAUACCCUGGGGGCUGUCUCUUCUACUCUACACCAGAAGAUGAAGUAUCCAUCCGGAGAUCGGGUUCUGGAGAUAGUAGGAAGUCAAGCUGCAGCCCGACAAUGUCUGGUAGCGGCUAUUCAACAUUGGUCUGAGGCAGAGACCUCGACCACUGCUGAUAAUGGUUUAUAG